CCAUUUAACAAAUCUAAAAUUUGUCUAAUUCUUCUCAAAUUUCGAACAAAAUUUUGGGGUGGAUCCUUGAACAGGGUCUAUUCAUUUAAUAAAAUUUUGUUUUUUAUUUCCUUUUCUUCCCAUUUUCUUUCGCUUUACCACCACGUAAGCUUCGCUAAGGACGUAGACGUACUUGAACUAAACUAUCAAGGAUAUUUUCGUCAAUUCAUCAUAUAAAUCCAGAGCAACCGCAACUCUGCUUUGUUCUUCGUCUAAACUCCGGACAGAAACUCAAAUGAUGAAUAUAUAAAAGCAAAGACUCCGCCAAUCUUAUCGUCAUUUACUGACCGUCUGAUCUAAACUUUUGAGAUCUGAAUCUGAUUAAAACAAAAAAGAAAGGCAAUGGAAGAGCUGAGAUCAGCAGUGGAAGGGCACAUGGAAUUAAUGGCGGAUCUGGUUCAGAACCUAUCCUCGGAGCUUCGUUCGGGCCUCCGACCCGCCUACGAGAACUUCAUCGGGUUCUUCCACGCCAUCGACUGGAAAGAACCAUGGUUAAUGGGCUUACUGGCAUUCCAUGUUUUCUUACUGAUAAUAACAAUAUUCUCCAGGAAGAAUACUAACUUCCAGAUGUGUUUGUUCCUUCUGGCAUUGCUUGGUGUAUAUUUUGCUGAGUCCCUGAAUAGAUUCCUUGGUGACAACUGGAAGAAAUUUGCAGCCCAAAACUAUUUUGAUCCAAGUGGACUUUUUUUAUCGGUACUCUGGUCUGGGCCUCUUCUCACUAUUGCAAUCAUCAUCUUGAUAAACACACUCUUUUCCAUGUGUUACCUAAUAGUUAGAUGGAAAAAGGCUGAGCUCAGACACCGUGCAAGGCUUUCUCGUAACAAGCAGGAUUGAAAUUACCUGGUGCUGCAUUGCUGCCUCUUUUAGUUCGAUAAGCAUGUGUAAUACUUGUUAACCUCGUUUAUGAACCUUGUUCUUGUUCUUUACUUCUUAUAUUCAGAGGUACUUAUAGCAUUUUUUGUUCUUUACUUCUUUUCAUAUGUAUAAUUGUUCCCUUGCAUCAAGGUCUCCUUUUAGGAUGUGUCAUGUGGUGCAAGAUAAAUUUUCCAUUUCUAUUUUAUCCAUAGGUAAUUUUAUUUGUGUAAACAUUAGAUGGAAAGGCUAUUUGCUCUAGCUUUGUGUACCAUUCUAGUUCUAAAUUCAGCAAAAUAUUCAGCUAGC